CGUCAACGCGCUGCCAUUCAAACUUCAGGAAAUAAAAGUGUGGGCUAAACAACGGUCUCCGUCCAGACAUCCUAGUUUGGGUGGAUAUUUUCGAUUCUUCUCUCGUAUCACUCCACUGUUGCAUCCGCAGUGCCAACAGAGGAAACCAUGACCUCUAAAGGUGCCAAAGAGACCCUCGUCUCCAGGUUGGGAUUCAAAUCCAGCAGCUCAGUCUCCAAAGCUGAAGCAGAGCUUGAAAAAGUCAGGAAGGAGAACGCUCAUCUGAGAAAAAAGGUGGACGAAAUGGCCAAACGGCACAUCAAGCCAGCAGACUCAGACAAAAGCAAGCUCCUGGAGAGGAUUCUUUCCCUCGAGACGCUGCGUGAGAGGAACAAUCAGCAGCUACUGGUUAAAGAGCAGGAACUGGAAACUCUGAGACGGCAGCUGACAGCUCGAGGAGGAGAGGUGGUAGCAUCGCUGCAGGCCCAGCUGGAGCAGCGGAGAAGAGAGGCAGAGCAGAGGGACACGAUGUUCCAGAGCUUGUCACAGGAGACUGAGAAUCUAAAAAACAAGCUGGCCACCGUUUCUGCUCGUUGUCAGGCCCUGGAAGGACAGGCUGCGAAUGGAACGAGUCCUCCUGCAGACCUGCUACUUGUACAAGAACAACUGAGAGACGCUCUUGAAAAGAACCAGCAGUGGCUGGCUUACGAUCAGCAGAGAGAGGCCUACGUUCAGUCUGUUGUUGCUCGUUCUCUGGAGCUGGAGCAGCAACUGAAUCAGCAGAAAACCAACCCUGAAACCACGUCAGAGGCUCCUCUUACUUCAGCCCCCAGCAGCUCUCCAGGGACGGAGAAGGAAUCUGAGAUGAAAAGCCACUAUGAUGAGUUGGUUUUAGGGCUGCAACGGGACCUGGAGCACCAGAAAGACCAGACUACCAGAGCCGAGCGAGACCUGAGUGUGAGGGAGGAACAGGCCUUGAAAGCUCAGGCUGAGCUGCAGUCUCAGAGGCAGCAGGUCAGCAAGGCCCGGCAGGAGAUGUCAGCGCUGCAGAGGAAGUAUGAAGACAAGUGCAGCGAGCUGUCGGCCUUUCUGAUGAAGUAUGACGAGAAGAUCAAAGAGCUGGAUGAGGUCAAGGUCCAGCUGCAGGCAGAGCGGUUAGGCAACAGACAUGCAGCAAACGAAGAAAGAACAGUGUCCGACAGGAUGAGAGCAGAACUGGAGAGUACAGGGAGGCGACUGGAUGAAGAGAGGAAGAGGUCUGCUGAGCUCCUGAUGCAGGUGAACAUGCUGCAAAAGUCUCUGCUGAGCCAGAACGAGGAGCGCAGGAGAGUCGCUGCACUGGAACAACAGAUCCAGCUCUCUGCCAAGGACUUCGAAAAUGAAAAAAGUAAUCGCCAAAGUAUGCAGCAGCAAUUACACAAGGUGCUGAAGGAGCUGCGCAAAGCUCGCGAACAGAUUGCUCAACUGGAAUAUGCCAAGCAGCCAAACGCCCAGUUUUCAGAGCCUAGUUCGUACAACAGGCUUGAGUUUGAUGCAACGUCUCCAUCUAAAGUCAGCAGCCUCCUGGAUGAGAGUUUCUUGGAGUGUCCAAAGUGUCACACUCCCUACCCAGCCAGUCGCCACAGAGAGCUCCUGGUGCACAUCGACGACUGCUAUGCCUGAAAGGGCGUCCAACUUAGGUCAUAGAGAAACACUGGCGUUUUCUCAACCACUCCUCUCUUAAAAAUGCAUUUAAAGCCAAAAGUCUUAGUUCCUGUUAGGAGCGAGUUUAAUUGGAACUGAAUCAAAGUUAGCUGUUUGGCUGGAUCGGGCCCACUGCAGUCGAGAGGCCCGUAUUUCUACAGGCUGUUUCUCAAACAGCACUUGUAAACAAACUGGAACCAAAUCAGUUCCCAGUUUGUCAAAACAGAGCUAAGGAAGUUGAGAACUCGGAACAACAGACCAGUAGAGCCACUCCCAUAAUACACCCAUCCAGGUAAAACUCAGACGUGUCCCAGUAGCACCCUCAUUCACACACGUUCAGGUGGAAAAGUCCCACAUCUCCAGGAAAGCGUGGUUUUCCUUCUUCAGCCCACCCACUCACUCCAGUGAAAUAACUCCAUCAUCAGAACAUGACUUCAUUACUUCUGAGACUGGCUCUCCAAAUAUUGGUGAACGAUUUUCUGCCACAACACGAUCCAAGUGUUCGUAUCAUUUAGAUGUUACUGAGCUGCAGAGCUGAUCACUGACAGCUUUGUGGAGGAUUCUGUCCUCCUGCAUGAAUAUUUGAGGGAUUUCUUUGUGUGUCUGAUGACAUUUAUUUAUUCUUAGGGUUUUUUAAUGAGUUUUGGAAUUUAGAUGAUAGUUUUUAGUCUUCCUUGUGUGUAUUGUGUCUGCCUGUACAUUAGUGUGCAUUUACAAUCGUCUAAUCAUGGGAUCUACUUUGUCGUAUCAAACAUUAGUUCUGCCGAAUCAAACUGCUGUAAAGUCACCACUCCUAGUUUCAGUAACAUCAUGUAGGAACAAAGUUGCUGUGAUUAUUUGCUAAUUAGACAGUAUUUAUGUGAAGGAAGUUUUCUUGAAUUUGCAUUUACAAACAGGGACUAGAUGGCCUAAUGCACCUCCUGUUCCAGUGUAAGGUGUGGUAUAAAACAUUGCUAAAGCAUGUAUGACUAAGAUCUGUGAUUUGCCUCAUGUAACCCAGACCUUAAACAUGUAGAGGCUUACCUGCUCACAUGUGGCAGCUUGUCUGUGCAUUCUCUCUCUCGCCACCUUGACUUUUCGAGCCUGCAGCCCUGUAAGGCUGGAAUGAGAUUGCACGAGUUAAUUCCUUGUUCUAAACUAUUUACAGCAGGGAUUACUCAAGGUCUCCUGGUUGGGAGAAAGGGGCUAAGGUGUUUUUAUUCCUCCAGUCUUGGCAAUGUGACCAAAUAGACUUAAGACAGCUAGAGCUGUGCAUCUUUUUAGUCUCUGUUUAUAUAUAUAUAGAUAUAUAUACAUACAUACAUACAUAUAUACAUAGUUAUAUAUGUAUAGUUUUUGCUUGCAUUUUAGAAACGGGCUGUCUGGACAUUGUUUUAUCCUGCUUUAAAGAUCUCCAUUUUAUCGUAAUCAUGUUCUCCAAAGCUGUUGUGUGUAUGUCUGUGUGUGUGCCGUGUACUGUAUAGAACUGUGGAAUAAAGAUGUAAACCCCCUUCUCGGAUAAUAA